CUGGUUGAUGUUUUCCACAGACACUUGGCCCUCAUCGCCGGUUAACGUUUGACACUUAUCGACCAGAUUCUUCAGGGCCUCCACAGCGGACGACUUAUCCCAGACCACAGCCACAGACUGGCCAGCUGAGAUCCCAUACUCUGCCAUGCUGGCUGUGCUGAUGGACCUAAAACCUACGGGCUGCCUCCCGGGACUCGCUCGCUCCCGGCUUCUCCGGCGCCACCGGCUUCGCACCUCGCGCCUCUCGCGAGAAGAGGAGGCUGCGGGAGCGCGGGCAGGGCGGAAGUGGCCUCACCGAGCUCCUGGGGCUGCCAGCCGCGUAACAGUCGGCAGCGUGCCCGCUUCCAAGAUGGCGGCGGCGGCGGCCGCGAUGUCAGGCGCUCUCGGCCGGACGGGCUGGAGGCUCCUGCAGCUACGGUGCCUGCCGGUGUCCCGUUGCCAAUCAGCUGUGGUGUCACGUGCCUUCCAUGCUUCAGCCAUGCAGCUAAAGACUACAGAUGAGCAGAAACAACCACCUCCCCCAUCUUUUUCUCAGCAACAUUCUGAGACACACGAAGCAGAAGAACCCAAUCCAGAAUCUUCUCGUUCACCUCCCAGGUACACAGAUCAGGGCGGUGAGGAGGAGGAGGACCAUGAGAGCGAGGAGCAACUGCAGCACCGCAUCCUGACGGCAGCCCUGGACUUUGUGCCUGCGCACGGGUGGACAGCAGAGGCCAUCGCAGAAGGAGCCCAGUCCCUGGGUCUGUCCAGUGCGGCAGCCAGCAUGUUUGGGAAUGACGGCAGUGAGCUGAUCCUGCAUUUUGUGACCCAGUGCAAUGCUAAGCUCGCUCGAGUGCUGGAAGAGGAGCAGAAGCUGGUACAGCUGGGCCAGGCAGAGAAGAGGAAGACAGACCAGUUCCUGAGGGACGCAGUGGAAACCAGACUGAGAAUGCUGAUCCCGUACAUUGAGCACUGGCCCCGGGCCCUCAGCAUCCUCAUGCUUCCUCACAAUAUCCCAUCCAGCCUCAGCCUGCUCACCAGUAUGGUGGAUGACAUGUGGCACUACGCUGGGGACCAGUCCACUGACUUUAACUGGUAUACCCGGCGAGCUGUGCUGGCUGGCAUCUAUAACACGACAGAGCUGGUGAUGAUGCAGGACUCCUCCCCAGACUUUGAGGACACUUGGCGCUUCUUGGAUAACCGGAUUAAUGACGCAAUGAACAUGGGCCACACCGCCAAGCAGGUAAAGUCCACUGGAGAGGCACUGGUGCAGGGACUCAUGGGUGCAGCAGUGACGCUCAAGAACUUGACAGGUCUGAACCAGCGCCGGUGAGCAUCACGGGGUAUGAGCUAGAGUGCCCAGGAGAAAAGCUACAGAUACAUUGAAAGGGCUUUGG